CAGAGCUAAUAAUUGUGAAUACCGUGGAACAAGCACUGACUCUAGAAAGAAAGUAACUUUUCUGCUUGAAACGUUUCUUUCUUUCGAUUUUUUGUGUUUUAAAAAUUGGUGCACGCUCAACAAGGUUAUUGCAUCCAACACUAGUCCGAUCUGGUUUUUCGGAUAGCAGAAACACGGUAAAGCAUCACGGAACGCGACAGCCAAAAGAAGAAAGAAAAAUACGCUCCGAGCUGUCGAACUUCACUGAACAAAAGGCAAUUUUGUGAAGGAACUACUAUUGUGGCCAGCUGAAACACAGAAAUUACGCUGAUACUAGCCAGCAUAAAAUUGAAACAGAAGGAGAGAGACAGAUACAUCGACAAGCGAAGUGAUUGAACGAGGAAGCACUUAAAAAACUCCAUUCAGGACUCCGAUUCGAUGUCUAAAUUAAACUCCCAUGGCGCUACGGGGCUUAAGAAUAUUAAUCUUGAAGAGAUAUGGACCGAUCUAGAAGGUGGCAUCAAGCAGGUGUACAAGCGGGAACACAGUCUCGGCAUCGCACGCUAUAUGGAGCUCUACACACAUGUAUACAACUACUGCACGAGUGUCCAUCAGCAGCCCAACUGUCGUACGGGCUCGUCGAAGGUGUCCAAAAAGGGUAUGAACGCACCGCCUGGAGGUGCUCAACUAGUUGGGCAGGAGCUGUACAAACGUUUGAAGGAGUUUCUUGAGAACUACCUCGUCCGGCUGCACCAGAAUGGCAUUGAUCUGAUGGAUGAGGAAGUCCUGAGCUUCUACACCAAGCGGUGGGAGGAGUACCAGUUCUCCAGUAAGGUCCUGAACGGCGUCUGUGCUUACCUUAACCGCCACUGGGUUAAGCGCGAAUGCGAGGAGGGUCGCAAGGACGUGUACGAAAUCUACCAGCUGGCACUCGUCACCUGGCGCGGCAACCUGUUCAAGCAUCUGAACAAGCAAGUCACCAAUGCGGUGCUGAAGCUGAUCGAACGCGAGCGCAACGGGGAAACCAUUAACUCACGGCUCGUAUCCGGCGUCAUCAAUUGCUACGUUGAGCUAGGACUGAACGAGGAGGACCCGCAUGCAAAGGGACAGAAUCUUUCGGUAUACAAGGAGAGCUUCGAAAACAUUUUCCUCGAAGACACAGAACGAUUCUAUACACGUGAAAGUGCAGAGUUUUUGCGUGAGAAUCCCGUUACGGAGUACAUGAAGCGGGUGGAGCUGCGCCUGAACGAAGAACAGAAGCGUGUACAGGUGUACCUGCACGAGAGCACGCUUGAACGUUUGGCAGAAAAGUGCGAGCGCGUGCUUAUCCAGAACCAUCUUGAUCAGUUCCGGACGGAGUUCCAAAACCUGCUGAACUCCGACAAAAACCAGGACCUGGCUCGCAUGUACUCACUGGUUGCCCGCAUCAAGUCGGGUCUGUCCGAACUGAAGGAAAUCCUUGAAACCCACAUCCACAACCAAGGACUUGCCGCCAUCGAAAAAUGCGGUGACUCUGCUGUAAAUGAUCCAAAAAUUUACGUCCAAACCAUCCUGGAAGUGCACAAGAAGUACAACGCACUCGUACUUAUUGCUUUCAACAACGAUAGUGGCUUUGUGGCUGCCCUCGAUAAGGCUUGCGGCAAAUUCAUCAAUACAAACGCGGUAACUGAGGUGAGCAGAAGCGCUAGCAAGAGUCCGGAAUUGUUGGCCAAGUACUGCGAUUUGCUGCUGAAGAAAUCCAGUAAAAAUCCAGAAGAAGCCGAACUGGAGGACACGCUUAAUCAAGUGAUGGUUGUAUUCAAGUACAUCGAAGACAAGGAUGUGUUCCAGAAGUUCUACAGCAAGAUGCUGGCCAAGCGCCUGUGCCACCACAUGUCGGCAAGCGAUGACGCGGAAGCUUCCAUGAUUUCUAAGCUGAAGCAGGCAUGCGGCUUCGAGUACACGAGCAAGCUGCAGCGCAUGUUCCAGGACAUUGGCGUAUCGAAGGAUCUCAACGAUCAGUACCGGAAGCAUCACGAGAAGCUGCGGGACCUGCGCAGCUCUGGGCAAAACGAAAUAGAUUUCAGCAUUCUGGUGCUUUCGUGUGGCUCGUGGCCGUUCGGUCAAGGUUUUACCUUUUCCCUGCCUUUCGAGCUUGAACAGUCAGUCCAACGGUUCAAUAGCUUCUACGCCAAGCAACAUUCCGGACGAAAACUGAACUGGUUGUACAAUAUGUGUCGCGGGGAGCUUAUUACAAAUUGUUUCCGAAUGCGUUACACCCUUCAGGCUAGUACCUUCCAAAUGGCCGUUUUGUUGCAGUUCAACGAGGAAACCGCUUGGAGUAUCAAACAGCUGGGAGAAAACACUGGUAUCAACAAUGAAAAUCUUAUACAAGUGCUGCAAAUUUUAUUAAAGACGAAACUUCUGACGUGCUACGAAGACGAAGGAAAGCUGCAGCCAGAGUCGACGAUCGAGCUGAAUAAGGACUUCAAAAACCGCAAACUCCGCAUCAACAUCAAUUUCCCGCUGAAAACGGAACUGAAAGUGGAGCAGGAGGCAACCCACAAAAAUAUCGAAGAAGACCGAAAGAUACUCAUACAGGCGGCAAUCGUGCGGAUCAUGAAAAUGCGGAAGAUACUAAACCACACGCAGCUCGUUGGCGAGGUCUUGAACCAACUGUCCACCCGGUUCAAGCCGAAGAUUCAAGUGAUAAAGAAAUGUAUCGAUAUUCUGAUAGAGAAAGAAUAUCUGGAGCGUCAGGAAGGACAAAAGGAUACCUACAGCUAUCUGGCUUGAUCAGUGAUAAUUUUAAUCGGUAGUGUAGUUAUCUAAACGCGUAUUUUCAAUAUCAAAUAUCCAAAAUCGUGCGUGCAUAACCCGUUGAUGCAGGAUCAGAAAAUCGAUCUAUAGAAUCAUCGUGCAGCAUCCUUGAAAACAACAGCGACAACAACAUCUUACAUGAAUCCGAGAUAGCAGAAAGCUGGUAAUGAGGGUAUGAGAGAGUAGGGUACGAAAGGAGUGAGUCGGUGUGUGGAAAAUGAUUGAGUACUGAGUUCACUUAGCAAAAACACAAAAGAACAAUACAAACAUGGAAAACAUGAAACGGCUUGAACGAUUUGGUAGCAUGUUUCGACCCUUUUAAUUGCGUUUUUCCCGAGGUACUUUGUAUGAAUUCCGGCUCUAGUUUUAACAAACGCAAACCACUCGCUGGAAGGAGGUUCAAGAUAACCUAGUGGAGGUGAACAUCAAAAGGGGGCAAGAAGACUAUCCCAAACGCCAAUGCCAGUAUCUUCAGCAGCUAACAAUAAAAAAGUGGCCGUUUUUAGUUAAUUAGUGAAGGCCAAUUUUGUAAAAACAUACUCUUUAGAAAGAAGGUUUUACCUUUGGUUCGUUAUUUUUACACUUUUUCUUUGGGCCGCAACAAAAAGGUCUCUUUAUUAUGUUUGUUGGUUGGUGUUGCAAAGACAGGAUGCUUUCGUGAAAAAAUAUUCAUGUGGCUCAAGCUAGCACUGUCAUGGCUUAAACCGUAUUGCUGUUCGCAGGUGAUGGUGAGACAUUUAUCUCAUUCGCUCCAUCUCUGCUCUAUAGAGUUUAUUUAACCAUUUAUCUGUCGAUAGGACCAUCUUAUCGGUUUCGUGACUCAACAACAACGAUUGUUUCAUAUUUUUUUCUGACCCAUUCUGGCGUGUGUGCCUUUUAAUUUCUCGUUAGUUAACUAGGAAAUGUUACGUGUAAGUUUGUCAUAUUUAGUUUCGACCGUUAUGAUUUUAUGUUGCUCUUCAGUCUGUUGAGACUGACAGGAACGAAAGAG